UAACGCCCAGCUGAGAAACAGGCACCAGGUUCUACCAAGUUGGUGCUUGCCUGGUCCGGUGAUUUCUCGAUUGGUAGACUAUAAUAACAAACCAAGAACCCACAGAAGGUACCUAUUGCUGGCAAAAAGAGCAUGUCCGGCGUCAACCUUCGCCAAGGGUUAUAAUUUGCAGUACGUCUUGUGCCUGGCAAAUUACUGCAUUGCUACCGGACCCAGCUUUGCCCAGAGAACUCUCUGUUAAUAUCUUCCAUCACUUGCUUUCUGUGGUUUUUUGUAGCCUGGCAUCCCACAGUUCGCUAUGUCUGGGGCAGUUACAAAAUCUGCGCAUGACUUUGACCCUCUAGACGAGGCUCUCAGGCCACCCAUAAACGAAACUGAGGAGGAUCGUGUUAUCAGGCAAGCUCAGGAAGCCGAGGCACGCAGAGUAAGCCAAGCAAUAGAUGACUCAAUACGAGCGGAGAAACAGGCGCAGAAGAAGAAGGGUAUCGUUAGACUAUUAUUGUUGGGCCAAAGUGAAUCAGGUAAAUCGACGACACUAAGGCACUUCCAAAAACUGUAUACCCCCACUGCCUUCCAUGAAGAACGGAUACUCUGGCGCAGCGUCAUACAGCUCAACAUCGUGCGGUCUGUCCGUACAAUCCUCGACGCCUUAUCCGACAUUCGGCUUCCUACUCUUGACAGUGGAGGCGAAGACAGCGAUGACAGUGGAACCAAUUUACCCCAGGAACUCGAAAUGUUACAGAUGCGGCUCACUCCACUGCGUCAUAUUGAGGCACUACUCAUUGCAAAACUAAUACCUCCGAGCGAAGAUGAGGUGGCUUCUGUGAUUGGAAGCAGUGCUAUUAGUGCAUACCACUCUCAUCGCAGCCGAAGUAGUGAGCGUUCGUGGAGAGCUCAAGAAGUUUUCGUACGCCCGGGAGCCACAUGGAAGGGAGCGCUCGCGAAGAGUACUCGUACUCGACCAGUUUCAUUAGGUAAUACGGGAAUGCAAACCCGGGACGAAGCGCAAGAAGUUAUCCAUUCGUGCAGUUAUGACAUCAUGGCUCUUUGGAAUGACAGGCUUGUUCGGGAGGUUUUGCGGCGGAGAAAAAUUCGCCUCGAAGAAUCCUCUGGCUUCUUCCUCAACGACUUGGAUCGAGUCACAGCCCUAAAUUACACCCCAAACGAUGACGAUGUACUUCGAGCGCGCCUGAAGACGGUCGGCGUUUCGGAAUAUCGGUGUGAAAUGGAGGCCGUGGCUGGACGUGAAAGUGGUACUGAAUGGAGGAUAGUUGACGUUGGAGGUUCCCGGUCGCAGAGAGCAACAUGGGUACCCUUCUUUGAUGAUGUCGAUGCAAUUAUCUUCCUUGCGCCAAUAUCCAGCUUUGAUCAAGUUCUCGCUGAGGAUCGCAGCGUGAACCGCCUCGAGGACAGCGUGCUAUUAUGGAAAGCUGUCUGCUCAAACAAACUGCUCGCCAACGUUGAUCUUGUUCUAUUCCUGAACAAGUGCGACAUACUUGACGCGAAACUCACGUCAGGGAUAAGGUUGUCGAAAUACGUUCGCAGCUACGGAGACCGUCCUAACGAUAUGGAGACGGCCUCGAAAUACUUCCGAAGCAAGUUUAGCGCGAUACAUCGAGAAUAUUCACCGCUCCCACGGAAAUUUUAUGGUUUUUGCACGACUGUUACAGACACGACAACGACGGCUGGUAUUCUCGCCAGUGGUAAGUCCAAUGUGGUUCUUCCAAUCAUGUACACUGACAUUAUGAUAGUGCGAGAUAUGGUUGUACGCAGACACCUCAAGCAAUCCAGGCUGCUAUAGUAGCUCUCGUUGACUUGAGUUUAAAGACAGGGCCUCUAGAAAAUGGCCUAAGGAAUCGUUGCCGCGUCUCCAUCUACGACCUGCGUUUACGCUCAACACGAUACCACGCAUGUUCCAUCCCAAUACCUAGAUUCGCCGCAACAGGGUCAUCCCCAUUUGAUAACGAAAUAGUACCAGCAUCUACGCCCAUCGAUGAUUCAUGACUUCAUAUCAUCUCUUCGUCCCACUUAUCAUUCUGCCUGCUCUGGAAGGAGCAGCAUCUAUUUUUCUCAGCAGCUGUAGCAC